AUGAGGACCUGCUCCAGGGGCACAGCUGUGCCCAUCCUGCUGCUCCUGCUGCUGCUGGGCACCGCCUGCGCCCAGCCCUCCUGCCUGCGCUUCCCCGAGCUCCUGCCCGCCAAGCUCAAAGAGCUCAGGCUCAAGUUUGAGGAAAUCAGGGAUUAUUUUCAAUCAAAAGAUGACGACCUCAGCAUCCAACUGCUCAGCUCGGACCUGCUGGAGGAAGUCAAGGGGAGCCUGGGCUGCCAGUCGGUGUCGGAGAUGAUGGAAUUCUACCUGGAGGAGGUUCUGCCCAGGGCCAUGAGGAGCAGCAGCCAGCACCAGCACAGCAUGGGCGACCUGGGCAACCUCCUGCUGAGCCUCAGAGCCAUGAUGAGACGCUGUCACAAAUCCUUCACCUGUGAGGAGAGGAGCAGGAGCAUGAAGCACGUCAAGGAGACCUUCAGCAGGAUGAAGAGGAAUGGAAUCUACAAGGCCAUGGGAGAGUUUGACAUCUUCAUCAACUACAUUGAAAGAUAUUUAACAAUGAAGAGAAGGAGCUGA